AUGAAAUAAUUUCCAAUAUAGUAAGCAAGAUCUCUAGUGAAUGAAUUCUUUGAUUUCGUUGCUAAGGCAGUUAGUCCAUUUCAUGUGACUUCCCUAUGCAAAGAAAGAUUAGCCAAAUCAGGAUUCACUGAAUUAAAUGAGACAGAAAAUUGGAAAUUAGAAAAGGGUGGUAAGUAUUUUUUCACAAGAAAUCUAACUACAAUCGUUGCCUUUACUGUUGGUCAAUAGUUUGAUCCAAACAAUACAGGAUUUAAAAUUAUAGGUGCUCACACAGAUAGUCCAUGUUUGAGAUUAGCACCAGUUUCUAAGUUAGAUUCUAAUGGAUUCUUAUAGACGUGUGUAUCUACAUAUGGUGGUGGUUUAUGGCACACAUGGUUUGAUCGAGAAUUAACAUUAGGAGGUCGUAUUGUUUUUAAAAAAGAUAAUGUUUAUUAGAGUUAGUUAUUUCAUUAUUAAAAACCUUUAUUAAAAAUACCUAAUUUAGCUAUUCAUCUAACAACUGAAAGAAAUAGCUUUGCUCCAAAUAGUAAUCAUACAUUUUAUAAUUAGAUGAAUCAAAUUUAAGGCCAGUGUUUGCUUAAGAAGCAUAUCAGACAUUGACAGGCAUUCAAAAACCUAACACUGAAGGAUAAACAAGCUUCGAAAACAAACACUAUAAAUUUUUACUGAAUUUAAUCACUGAAUAGACAGGUAUUCCAACAUCUGACAUAUUGGAUAUUGACUUAUAUUUUUCAGAUUGCUAAGCACCUUCUUAUUUUGGUUUGAAUGAAGAAUUCAUUUCUUCAGCUAGAAUUGAUAAUUUAUUUUCAAGUUUCUUCUCGCUUUUAGCAAUUACAAAUCCAGAAAGUUUCACAGAAGACCAAACAUUUAUUAAUAUGAUUUGUCUUUAUGAUCAUGAAGAAGUGGGAUCAUAAAGUGCCUAAGGAGCUGAUUCUUCAUUGUUAUCUAAUAACAUGAAAAGAAUUUACGAUAUCUUAUCUAAUUCUACUUAGACUUCUAUUGAUAGUUUUUAUAAAGCUAUUCAAAAAAGUUUUUUAAUUUCUUCAGAUAUGGCUCAUUCAAUUCAUCCAAAUUAUUCAGAUAAGCAUCAAUAAAAUCAUAGAGUAAAGAUGAAUGAGGGAAUAGUAAUUAAAAUUAAUCACAAUUAAAGAUAUGCAACAGACGGUGUUUCAUCAGCAAUCUUAAGAGUUAUUGCUUAAUAAGCUGAUGUUCCAAUUUAAGAUUUUAUUGUUAGAAAUGAUUCUCCUUGUGGCUCAACUAUUGGACCAUUAUAAGGUUUAAAUUAAUAUAAUAAUUUUAGCAUCCAAUACAGGUAUUAAAACUAUUGACAUUGGAGCAGCUUAAUGGGGAAUGCAUUCCAUCAGAGAAACUGCAGGAGUUGUAGAUGGAUAUUAUUUGGAAAAGCUGUUUGUUCAGUUUUAUAAACAAUACGAAAAAAUAGAUCAUUAGUUGCUAGGAAUUUGAGCA